CAGCGACGAAGGCGAAAAUGGAGGUGCUGCUGAAAAGCCUUUCUAUAAAUAUGAUAAGCAACAUUCAUUAAUGAAAUACGCAGAUUCAUAUCGUGAUGUUCUGAGUUAUAAAUUUCUCAUGGCUGAAAUUCAAACAUACGAAAAUCCUCAGAAUGGAGAAGAAACAAUAAGACGUGAAAUCCUGAGACUUGAACACUUAUAUCAAAGUAAAUGGGCGAAGGAAUUUCUCGAACUAGUCGGUGCAAAAGAUUUGAAGCUGGUGAAUUUUUCUACUAAUGAAUACAGGAAGGCGUUUGAAGAAGAUAUUGCUUUACAGCUCAACGUUUUUGCUCAUGAGGGAUUACACAAUCUGGUGAAAAAGAGUAUUUCAAAGAAAUGGGAAAAUCGAAAAUAUCUGGAUAUUGUAGAAGCUUUAUAUUUUGCGGAGACAUCAAGCAGUUUGAAGAGAAACGAAGUCCAAAUUGGAAUGAUAGAGAAGGACUUGAUGGAAGCGAAGAAAGAAAUGGAAAAAUUCAGAGCUGAACUUCAAGUGCUGGAAACAGCAGUAGUCGCCGCAACUAAUGUAUACAGAAAUAAACCAAGAGAACUAGUUAAAAAAAUAGAACCAUUGGAAAUGAAGAGGAUUGCAUAUUUGAAAUGUAAGUUGAAAUAG